CUAGCUGCAUCCUUUACUGUACUCUCCCUGCUGGCGCUAAUGGGAGAUACAGACAGCAAAACAGACAGCUCGUUCAUGAUGGACUCGGACCCUCGACGCUGCAUGAGGCACCACUAUGUCGAUUCUAUCAGUCAUCCAUUGUACAAGUGUAGCUCAAAGAUGGUGCUUCUGGCCAGGUGUGAGGGGCAAUGCAGCCAGGCAUCGCGCUCUGAGCCCUUGGUGUCUUUCAGCGCUGUCCUCAAGCAGCCCUUCCGCUCCUCCUGUCACUGCUGCCGGCCCCAGACCUCUAAGCUGAAGGCAUUGCGGCUGCGCUGUUCAGGGGGCAUGCGACUCACGGCCACCUACCGGUACAUCCUCUCCUGUCUCUGCGAGGAGUGUGGCUCCUGAGACCUGCUGUUCAGUGGCUUCUGGAUGGGACAGCCUCCCAUUUUUGUUGAGGCAGUUCAACCCACCAGGGAAGGACUGGCAAGUAAAGAGUUAAAGCAAAAAAAGAUGCAGCAAUUUUCACGGGAUUCUGCAUAUUCUAGUAAUAAAGACUCUACAUGCUUGUUGACAGAGAUACUCUGGGAACUUGUUUUCUAUUUCUGUCUCCUUUCCCUGGUACAAUUUCUUUUAGUUCCCUUUUCAGAUUCAAGCAUGUUCCCCCUUGGCGCUGAAUGUAGUUUGGGUUUCCAACAAUUCAGUAUUAAUAGGAAAAGUGGGCCCCCAGGCAAUAGUGGGUCAGGCUGUUACUGUUUUGUGCAGAUUAGGGAAGCACUUGCUUUGCAAAGCAGGAAAACUCAGCUCUGUCUGGGACAUUGUCUGGUUAUUGUUUAUCUUGUCAUUUGGUCUAGAGUUGCUAUUGCUGCUAAAGAUUACCAAUUUCAAAUUCCAGGCACCAAGCAUGUGGAUAUGUUUAACCAGGUUCACUCACAGCCAGUUUAUUGACAUUCAAAUAACUAACAAACAGAUUCUUUUAUGUGAUGCUGGAACUCCUGGUAGCUGUAAUUAUUAUUCAGAAAUGACUUUUGGGAAGUAAAGGUAGCAUAAAGAAUUUGUCACCUAAAGGCUCUCGCAGAUAAAUUAUGAUAAAAUUUUGUAUAGACGCAGACUUUAAAAGACCUGCACAAAUUUAGAUCCUGUACUGACUUUGAAAAAAGCAUAUAUGUACUAGUGGCAUGAAGAAUGCAUUGUACUCAUGCAUGUAAAUUAGACAACAAAGUAUGAAUCUAUUUGUGGGUGUGCUAUAGCUUUAGCCAUGCUGUGGGCAUCCUUCUCCAACAUUCUCUUGUCCAUGUGAAACUUGUUGCCAAAAUGGUGGCCUGGCUCAUCUUCUGAACAUUUGGUUCAAAUAUAUUUUGGUCUUUAAGACUAAAAUUUGAGUUAUUCCCAUAUUGUGAAAUAAAAAGAGAGUAUU